AUGGCGGAGCCGCUCAUGGACAAUGCGUCCGCAGCCGCCGAUCCGACACUCCCCGACGCAUUCGUCACUCUCCUUACCGCUUCCUCCUACCUCCCAGGCGCCCUUGCGCUGCUCCACGCCCUCCGCGAACUCCACCCCGCCCCGCGCGACUUUAAGAUCACCUGCCUGGUGACACCUGAAACAGUUGACGCCGCGACCAUCGGAGCGCUCCGCAAUUCCGGAUACGAUAUUGUCAUCGGUGUGGAGCCAAUCGCCACUGGCCAGAGAGGCCAGACUGGACUGCACCUGAUGGGUCGUCCGGAUCUCGACCUGGCGCUCACCAAGCUCCACAUUUUCCGCCUGGGCUCCAUGUUCAAAACCGUCCUCUACAUGGACGCUGACACUCUUCCCAUCCGACCUCUCUCUCAUCUUUUCCAAUCGACUGCUCCCCACAUCCUUUCAGCGUGUCCCGACAUCGGAUGGCCGGAUUGUUUCAACUCGGGCGUCAUGGUCAUCCGUCCUCGCCUUAGCGAUUUUGAGAACUUGCAGCAGCUCAUGAUCGCCGAUGCCAGCGGCGGAAACGGCAGCUUUGAUGGCGCCGAUCAAGGACUGUUGAACCAUUACUGGAGCGAAGAGGGGGCGGGUGGCCCUUGGAACAGACUACCGUUCACCUACAACGUGACCCCGAGUGCAGCGUACCAGUACAUGCCUGCAUUCAAACACUUUGCCCACAAGAUCAACGUCAUCCACUUCAUUGGCCCCAGAAAACCCUGGGGAAGACUCCCUACUCGCCCCGCUGGCCUUGGCAUUGAGCAGAACCAAGAGUCGCCGAUGGGAUACGAGCAGCUGAUCGACCGCUGGUUCAACGUCUACGACCGCAACGUCCGGCCCACAGCCAUCCACGAGCCCAACCUGGCCAAGCGCUUUACUGUCCCCGAGAAUAUCGCCGUCUGGAACCGUCCCAGAAACAGCCACGGUGACCACGCCGAUGAGGGUGGUGCUAGAACUGUGACGGUUCCCGGCGAGUACACCUCACUUCCCCUCGACGGGCGUCAUGACCUCAUGGCGCCUAAGCCCAUGUCGGGACCCACGAUCUUGCCAGACUCAGGCCACUCCAGAGAAACCGCACUACCCCAUGAGGAAGAAUCCCAGCAGAACUACAAGGAAGGGGAACAGCAGCCGGCCCACGGUAGCGCUACAGAUCACACCAUCUGGUCGGAUGGACUCGCUCCCACGGCGUCGCAUGUGGACAGCCAGCACCACGAGCAUCACCGUGACCACCACGAACACCACGAACACCACGAACACCACGAACACGAGCACCGCAGCCCCUCCCCCCAACCGCUUGAGUACAGGCAGGCGGCUUGGGACGGUUCUCAAGGCCCUCCACCGAAGGACAGCCAGCCAGAGAUGGCAAUCGCUGUUGACAACUUUUACGUACCGGCUUGGGAUGAGCCGACUAGAUCGCAGGGUGCUUACUACGAAGAGCACCAUGACAGAUUCGAGAUGCCGACCUUACCGAGCAGCGUUCUCAACAACGACUGGUACGGAACGUUCACAGGCACCGUUCCAGACCCUAAGAAGCGCGGCAGUGUCUUUCCUUGGGAGGAGAAGGGCAGUGCACCGCGCGCAGAGGCUUCGCGCAAGUUCCCUCAGCAGCGUCCUCCGACGCCCCCGGCCCCCAUUGUACCGAACGUGACCAAGCCCUCCGCUGAUAUUCACCUGUCGGCAACGGCCUUGACAGUGGCGCCCAUCCUAGCGCCCAAGGGUCCGGAUCCUCCGGCCACCCAGCCUUUCAAGCCUGCUCCGAGCUUCAGCGAGGCGAUGGCGGAUUACACGAAUGCUUGGGAUGCGGACGUCUCGAUUGGCCGCUACGCCAAGCGUUUAACCGAUCUCGGCAUCGUUACCUCGAGGCGCAAGGUGGGAAUGCACACGGUGCCUCCCACUCCGCGUCGUUCGUCGCGUCGCGUGGCAACUGAGCCUCUGCAGGACGACAAUAACUCCUCUUUUGCCAAUAGCCCCCACCACGAUCGGCCGACUUAUCAAGACAAGGGCAUUCAAACUGACCGACCAUCCCAGAAUGACGCCAUAGUGCAAGCGUCGCCAGAGACGAGCCCUGUCUCGGAGAACCCACCAAGCCCGGCUCGCAUGAUGAUAUCGGUCGCGACCACCCCGGUGACGCCCCAGGGGGAGUUGGGAUCCACGAGAUCCUCUUACUUUCCUGUUACGACUGCCAAGCGCGGCCCGAAACUGGCAGCUCCUCGCGGCCCUCCGCGCGGUCGUGUGUGGGACCCGCAGACCGAUAUCGAUAUGAUGAGACGGCAUCAAGCCUUGACGCAGUUUGGCCGUUAG